AUGACUUCUCCUACGGAAGCCGCACAGGCUUCGCAGACCUCACAGGGCGAUACGAUCGUUGUUAGGCAUCCUCGCGAGCGACAGAACCCCACGACACCUCAACCUCAGGAAGCAGGACCUCAAGAUCCAGCUGCAGUGACAUUACCUUCGACAGAGAUUCCAAAUUCGCCCAUCGAUUCAAACGAAUCCUUCAGAACCGAGAUCAACGAGGAUCGGCCGGCCGUCACUGUUAUCCCAUCGUCACUUACACCGCCCCCUUCGACCCAGAUCAACAGCCAUGCCAGUCAAGCUGGUCCCGGUCCCUCCAAACGAAAGUUCUCUGGCUCCCAGCAGUCGUCGACACUCUUCUCCCCGCCAGCUACCGUGCCCAACAACGUACGCGAACGUCCUGUAACAACAGAAUUCCUCCCUCCCGCUCCACACCAGGUCCUCGAAGCGUCCGCCGACGAGCUGCGCGUCAUGCUUCAAGCUGCUCUAGCAGAACAGCAAAAGCUCAAGAUGGAGACAGCUCAUCAUAAGUUACAGUAUAACUUGUUGUCUAUCCAGGCCGACGACGAUGCCAAGCGUGCUGCUGUGGAACACGAGAUGAUGCGUCGCGAGGUGGACGCGCUGCGAAAUGCAGAAUUCACUCGAAUGGCUAGAAAGGAAUUUGAUCAGCCAUCCGAGGCACUACAAACAAAGUACUUACAGAUGAAGACGCGGUAUGAGGCCAUGCUACAAGAGAAUGAGAUCCUCCAACGCCGAGUCCAGACGGCGAAGAAAGUCAUCAAGCAAAGCGAGGAUGAAAGCAUUGCUCUUCAUGAAGAGCGAGAUAUGUUACUGAGACGAAUACGCGAGAACAGAGAGCACAUGCAGAUGCUCUGUAGACCUGGGGGUAUAUUUCACGCAGUUUUAACACCCAGACAGAAAGUCUCUGCUGUGACACAAGGGCAUAGAAACUCUCAACAGCAGACAUCUAGAUCCCAAGGCGAGCAUGGUCUCUCGGCUUUAUUACAGGCUAUGAGCCAGGAUAACAACAGCGCACCUUCGACACCGAUGCAUUCUCACCGCCCUGCACCACGCGUCGGGAAACACCACCGCAACUCGCAAUCCAUGUCGUCUCUGCCCACGACGCCUAUGAACCGGCCGGUGGGUACAAACGUUGGGCUUCUUCCAUCGGUGGAUCUGGUACCUCACUCGGAGCCUCAUCGAUACUCCCAGAGACAGUUCAUUCCUACGACACCUGUGGCCAAGACUGACCGCCGCCGUAGGAGUCGAGAGAGCACUAUUUCAGCAGACGAUAAUGAGGAGCUAGCUAGGCAGGCGCUCGAGUCGGUUGCCGCAGCUCAAUCGUUCACAUCACAGUCACGGAACCGGAGCGACCAGGACGGAGAGGUGUUUGAUAGCCAGGCUAGUCAGGCUGCAGCAGAGAUGCUGCGGCGAGAUCCGCGGCAGAGCUUUGAGGUGGCUGAAACCUUGAGAAACACACCAGGACCAAUGGAGAAGACUGUUCGCAUGCAGGAGAGAUUCCUUUCCCAUCGAAAUGGAGACGGCGACAAGCGAAAAUUCAGCGGCAACCAUUCAUCUACCGAGGAGAUACGGCUCAAUCAAGCAAGUCCAGCGAAGAAGUCCAAAGUGGUCGAACCAGUGGCAGAUGGGCAAGACAAGCUAGGACUAGGGAUUCAGUAUAGACAGUGA